AAAGCGUUAGCUGGCAUCGUUUAGGGACCACUAAUCUGUGCAGAAUUCAAUCUGACAAGACCUUUGCAUCGUCAAAAGGGAUUGUGAUAUAUGCAGAGGACCUAAACUUGAUAAGGAAAGAGGUUGAGGGAGAAGAGAGAAGGCGUGAGUGUGAGAGAGGGAGAGAUAGUGGGAGAGAGAGAGAGAGAUAUCAAGCACGCAUUGAGGGAGAGAGCGAAAGAGAGAAACAGCAACAGCAAAGUCAGAAUACAGAAGCCAGUGAGUAAAGUAUACAAAGGAAAAUAUUCCAAAUGGAUGGGACGAAGCCAGCCAUGGAAACUACCGCUGAAGAGAACCAAGAUGAGAGCCAAGAAAGCAAAGGCUGUUUUGAGUGCUGCAUCAAGUGUCUGGGCGGAGUACCCUACGCUUCUCUGGUAGCCACCAUCCUCUGCUUCUCUGGGGUGGCUCUGUUCUGCGGGUGUGGCCAUGUGGCCCUGACCGGUACCUUGACCAUGCUGGAGAACCAUUUCUCCACUGUGACCAGCGACCACGCCACUCUCACCUUUGUGAUCCAGAUCCUGCAGUACAUCAUCUACGGCAUUGCCUCCUUCUUCUUCGUGUACGCCAUCAUCCUGCUGGCCGAGGGCUUCUACACCACCAGCGCCGUGAAGAAGGAGCUGCAGAGCGAGUUCAAGACCACGGCCUGUGGCCGCUGCAUCACCGCCUUUUUUGUGUUCCUGACCUACAUCCUGGCCCUGGCCUUCCUGGGCAUCUUCGGCUUCUCCUCCAUCCCCGUCUUCCUCUUCUUCAACAUGUGGACCACGUGUGGCGCCAUGAGGUCCCCCGUGGCCAACAUCACCUCCCCCGACUCCAUCUGUGUGGACGUGCGGCAGUACGGCAUCAUUCCAUGGAACGCAACGCCUGGGAAGGCCUGCGGAUCCACACUGGGAGACAUCUGCAACACCAGCGAGUUCUACUUGUCCUACCACCUGUACAUUGUGGCCUGUGCCGGGGCUGGAGCGACCGUCAUUGCGUUGAUCCACUAUCUCAUGAUCCUGUCGGCCAACUGGGCUUACCUGAAGAGCGCCUGCAACACACACGCCUACCAGGACAUCAAGACCAAGGACGACCAGGAGAUUGAUGCAGAGGCGCGCUCCAAGGACGGCCAAAACUCCUCCUACUCAUAAGGGCAGAAAGACACGCUCCCCACAUCCACCCCCCCCUUUUCCUCCUCUCCACUCCUGCACCCUUCCCCCCCCCCCUCCACCACUAUCUACACUUAACCUCACAAGCUUCCCACUCCCCCACCCUUUGAGUAAACCAACACCAUGGUCACGUUCGCUCGACCCGAACGGGAGUGGACGGCUUUCGUAAACAGUAGACGGUAGAUGAGAGUUCCCGGUUGGUCGAGCUCAUUGAUGUGGUCUACCUGGUUGCCGAAUGUCCUCUCCCGUUCAGCGAGGAAGUGAACGGUACCUGGCUGUGAUUGGCUCCCAGCUCCGCUCUGAGGCCACACAGCUCUUACACAGCUCCUAACAAACAGCCUAAUGACAUGGUCUCUGUCUGCACUAACUCCUGAGGAAGAAAGACAGGAACUUCCUCUCUUUUUUGGUGUUUUAUAUACGUAUAUAUAUGAAUAUAUUGUGCGAAUGUGUAUGAAUGUUGUUGUUUUUUUAAUACGUUUCAAAGUAUGCCAGGUUUACUAUGAUAUUUAUUUUUUCUUCUGUCUCUCAGAUAUUUUUCUCCUUCGAUCAUUUUCCACAUCUCUGACGGUAUCGUUUUUUUUAUGCUAAUGCUUAAAAUAUCACACUAUUUAAGUAAAAGAAAAUUGACUUUAAAUACAAAGCCCAUAUACACAAAGCACUGAAACGUGCCACUCAUUGAAAGAAUCCUUGAUCUUUAGUGAUUCUCUUCUUUAUUACUAUUUUGUAUUGUUGGCUACCGAUUACAAUUCAUUUCUGAACUGAGAAACAUGCACCGUGUGUUUUAUGAUUCUACACAAUAACUGGUGUGCUACUGGCUUUCAGAGCUGCCGAGCUAUCACAUCAUUCUUAGGUCCCAGAGGAGAACUCUAUCUAGGCCCUGUCUGGUCUAAAACAAUGCCCUGGUUCCUGUUCUCUCUCCUGAGUAGAUCUAGGACAGUCAGACCCAAGCGACCGACAUGGCUGUAACUCCACCUUGACCUCUAAUAGCUAGAACUGCCUCUAGCUUGCUUGAACCUAUCCAGUCAAUCAGAUUUACACACGUGUCAAGGGAGUAGGGGCAAGAGGUUGUACUGGACCGGUCCCGUUGCAUAAUAUCUCAGCGUCAUAUUUCUCUAGGUCAAGCUGGGCCUAUGAGUACAGCUCUCUAGAUCAAGGCUACACUGUCUUGCUCUAUGGCCAAGUGAAUGACAUACUGGAUACCUCAGGUGUGAAACCACAUACAUAAACUACCCUAGAUUUAGACCAUGGAUUUUUUAUCAGCAAGACACAAGCUCAAGUGUAAAGCUCAUUAGUUUUAUCACUCUUAAGAGGUGAUAUAUGCUUACCUACUUCCCCAGCUUUAAAUUUACGGAAUUGACAUGGCUUUAUGUGUUUUUUUCCACGUUUCUCAAGUGUAUCCCAUGUACUAAAUGGAUGAGGUUCACCUGUAUAUAUAUAUGGACCAAUCUGAGAGAUCGUUUAUUUGAAAUACACCUCCAAAAUGUGGAGGACAUGGUUAAUGUUCUACCAUGCUAUUUUCUCCUCAGUCACAAAUAUGUAAUUAUUCCCUUUGCAAUAUGUGUUUAGCAUUCAAAUACUAGUUCUGAAUUUGAUAUUAUGUAAUGUAACAUCUUUGAAUGGUAAGUUGUGGGAGGGGAACAGAUCCAGUAUAUAGUCCUAAUGAAUUGAGGUGCUUGUAUUGUAUACAGUUUAAAAUGUGAAAAAAUGAAAUUAUUUUAAUGUUUUCUCAGUUUUAGGCAGCUGGAUUUUCCUUGAGAUUCAGUAAUGAAUAACUUGACUUGGAUUUAAUUGAAAUGGUUAGUGAUUAUUUUACUAUGGCUAGCCAAAUGAGUGACUGCAAAUGAGUGAGUCCCAUUUUCAGGCCUUUACUUGAGCCACACAAGACUGUUUGGAUGUUUACAAUAUAAAGAUAUAACCAGUCAGGAAUUUUCUUAUUUUGAUUUUAUCAGAUUUACAACCGAGAACUUUAUUCUACACUGAUUAUCACUUGUUAGUUAACUCUUAAAACAGUGUAACAAGUAAUAUUUUACCUUUCAUGGAAAGCAUGUCAGUAUUUGUCCUCGUGUUCAAAUGUCUGAAAACAGAAAAAAGGACUAUAUUGCCAUGUAUGUUAUGUUUGAUAAACGUGCUUUGCCACUGGGUGAUGUAGGCAAACUCGCAUUCAAUUUCAUAUUAACAAGAUGCGUGUCAGGGUGUGUCGUUGUUUCCUCGUUAUUGCAUGAAGGAGACAUGACUGUGUCUUUGCAGUUUUCAGGUGAUGUGUAGUCAAUUGUACUGACAACUAUGGUAGGCAGUGUUUGCCCCACCCACUCUCUUUUCUAAAGAAAUCCAUUGUACUUUGAUGGCAUUGUAGUCCCUGUAGUUGUUGAAUUAUUGUUUGUUUUUUUAAGUUUAAAAUAGUAAAAUGACUCCUAUUUAGUGAUGAUUUUUGUAACCUUCUCUAGUAAAAACCGAUAUUUUUUAUUAUCGU